UUACGGCUGCAUUCAGCUCUCGUUCCUUUUGCUGUAGUUCUCUUUACAGAUUUACGCGGUCUUCUUUUUGUCAUUUGGAACUGUUUAUCGGUUGUAUAUUGGACCGUCGCUAACCGCGAGUGGCGUUUUCUGCUCGACCCAGUUUGUGACCGCUGCUCCACUUUUUUAGAGUCACCAGUGACGUUUUCUGCUCGACCUGACUCGAUUGUAUAUACCCUCACUGUUUUUAUUGUUGGGUUGACGCUUUGAUGGAGCAUCUGUGCUGCAAAGACUGCUUGACUCUGCUACAAUCGGAGGAUGGUCAUGUUUUGUGUCCCGCCUGCCUUGGUGUGGAUCAUCUGCGGGAUGCCCUCAUUGGCAAUUCUUGCACCGACUGCAUGGUUAUGCCGCGUGCUGUGAAGGUUGCUCGACUGGUGGAGUUUGAGGAUCCCCCUGAUUGGGCUUCUUCAUCUGCUGAGAUGCCGGCCGGCCAACCCCAGGCACACGGCAAGCGUUCUUCCUCUGAGGCUCAGGAUUGGCCGAGGAAGAGACGGAAGGCGGACUCUCAGAGCAGAUUGUCCACUAAAGUGGACUCUAUGUCAUCGGAGCUCGCUCAGAUGAAGGCUCUGCUUCAGAAUCUUCAGUCUGAUGCUGGACGCACUGUGGUUGUUCCGCAUGAACAUGAACUGCCUUUGCAAGAUGAUGCACUGUCUGUUGCCGCGUCCGAUACGCAGUUUCGGGAUGAUUAUGACACAUUGAGUUCCCGGGUGUCUGAGGCUGGGUCUCAUGCAUCAACAGGCUCCCUGGGCACAGGAGAGGACUCCGUAUCUGUGGCUAUAGCAACUGCCCUUACCCGUUUGGGUCUCGAUGUACCCCGUGCUCAACAGGCCCAGUCCAGCACCUUCUUCCGUCGUCAACAAGCCUCCAUGCCUUUUGCUGUUCCUCCUUCUCAGGAGUAUGGGAAGGAGCUACAUGCCUGCUGGACAGACAAUAAAGCCUUCUCCAGGCGCACUUCCGAUGGUCGUGCACUGGCUUCAAUGCACGAUGCUGACAAGUAUGGCCUCGGUCAUAUGCCUGCUGUGGAACCGGCCAUUGCGUCCCUUAUAGUGCAUCCGGAGGAGACACUUCGCACUAAUGCUAGAUGUCCUCGGCCCCAGUGUAGAAUUAUGGACGACUUACUCUGCAAGGCAUAUGACAUGGGAGCCCGCAUGGGUCGUAUCGGAAACUCUCUGUCACAUCUCAUGUUGGGCCUUUCGGCGUCAUUGGACCGGAGCUCCGUUGACCCAUCUACAUGGGGCCUAAUGGAUGCUUCCCUGCAGGCUUUUGCCCUUAUGUCUAGGGAGCUCGGGCAUCUCAUGUCCACUCUCGUACAGACUCGAUGCCAAGUUUGGUUAGCGCAAUCUCUGCUUUCGGAGCCGAACAGAUGGACUUUGCGGAGUGUACCGGUGGUUCCUGGUGAGUUGUUUGGAGCAGCUGCGCUGGAGGCCUUAGAACGCACGGCGCAGGCGAACUGCACGAGACGCCAGUUGGUGGGUCUUCGAACGCGUCCGCCUUCCCGUGGGGGUUCGGGAACUACCUCGUCGUCUUCACGGGGGUGCUCCUCUGCCACUUCGAACCCCUUUGUCGAGUCCCGUCUCCAGGACUAUAGGCCAGUUCCAGAAAGGAGGUCGCAGGGUUCGGCUAUGCCUUCCCGCCCCUCGAGGACUGGGCAGUCAUACCAGCGCCCCCUCAAGCCCUCAAGAGGGCAGGGGGCACGCAGAUGUGACACGACGGCCGGCGGUCAGAUAUUUUACCUCGGGUCAACUCAGACUCUGGGCCGCCCACACCCCAGACGUCUGGGUACUCACCACACUGACCCGUGGUUAUCGUAUUCAGUUCUGCCGCCAGCCUCCAGUUCAAAUGACCAUUAUCCGAGACCAGGGCACGGACACUGGAGACCGAAAUUGGCACCUUGCUGGCCAAGGGUGCUAUAGUGUCUGUGGACCCCCUGCUAGAUCCAGGGGGCUUUUAUUCCCGAUACUUCCUUGUUCCAUAAAAGACGGGCGACUUACGCCCCGUUCUCGACCUUCGCGGUCUGAACGCCUUUUUAAAGGUGCUUCCGUUCAAAAUGUUACGCAUCCCCCACGUCCUCCAGGCAAUCAAUCCAGGGGACUGGUUCACGUCGAUAGAUUUAAAGGACGCAUAUUUUCAUGUCCCAAUUGCGCGUCCACACUGGCGGUUCCUUCGGUUUGCUUUUCGACGGUGACACUAUCAGUUCCGCGUCCUUCCUUUCGGCCUUUCCCUGUCGCCCAGAGUGUUCUCCCGCUGCGUUGCUGCGGCUCUCUCGCCCCUGCAAGCUCGGGGCUUGAAGAUCAUGCCCUAUCUGGACGACUGGCUGAUCUGCGCCCCGUCUCACGACAAAGUUGUUCGGGAUACUCGGAUUGUGCUCGAUCAUGUGGCCUCUCUAGGCUUGCGCAUCAAUGUAGAGAAGAGCAACCUGGUGCCCGCACAGGUGACAACUUUUCUCGGUAUGGUGCUGAACUCGCGGACCAUGACCGCUUGCCCCUCGCCUCGAAGAGUUUGGGAUAUCUUGCACAUGCUCCCACAGUUCCAGCGUGGACGGGCUCCACCUUACGUCCUGUACCUUCGCCUACUGGGGAAGUUAGUGGGGGCGUCGACGGUAGUCCCUUUGGGUCUACUGUCGCUUUGACCACUCCAGAUGUGGCUAAACAGCUUGCACCUCGACACGAUCACCGGCGGAGGUGCCUCCGUGUGUCCCAAUGAUGUCUCGAAUCUCUCUCACAGUGGCGGAGGGGCCACUUCAUCACACAGGGGGUGCCUAUGGGCUCUGUUCCAGCUCACUGGGCGGUGGUCCACACAGACGCCUCCCUUCGAGGUUGGGGAGCGACAUGGCAGGGCCACAUGGUUCAAGGCAUGUGGGCAGCAUUGGCUUCAUAUCAAUGUUCUGGAGCUGAUAGCGGUGGAAUUGACGCUGCGGCAUGUUCUCCCAUGUCUACGGAACAGGCAUGUUUUGGUGAGGUCCGACAACACGAGCGUGGAAUUCCAUAUCAAUCACCAGGGGGGCACCCGGUCUCUGGGAUUGGUGAUGCUCACCACUCGGAUUCUGACCUGGGCUGCUCCACGUCUGGCCAGCCUGAGAGCUAUGCAUAUCCCAGGCGUGCUGAACACGUCGGCGGAUUUCCUGUCCCGGCAGAUGCCUCGACCAGGGGAAUGGAGACUUCACCCGGAGGUGGUGAGUCAUCUCUGGCAGGCCUUCGGCAGGGCCGAAGUGGACCUGUUUGCGUCCAAGGAGUCCACGCAUUGUCACGACUGAUUCAGCCUUGCGGACAACACGGCUCCACGGGACCUGGAUGCUCUGGCACACGAUUGGCCCGGAACUCUCCUAUAUGCUUUUCCACCUGUUCCACUAAUCUUGCCAAUGCUGCUCAGGGUUUUUCAAGAGGGACUUCGAUUGAUACUGAUAGCCCCAUUUUGGCCGGCCAGGACAUGGUUUCCACUGCUGCGCAGGCUCUGCUGCAGCUUGCCGAGGCCCCUGCCGUCCAGGAGGGACCUCCUGUCCCAAUUCGGGGGGAGGAUAUUGCACCCGAAUCCAGAUCGACUCCGGCUGUGGGCUUGGCUACUACAGGGCCCAGGAUCUCAUUCUCUGAGUAUGACGGGGACAUAGGCCGCACUAUUGCCAAUGCCCGGGCCCCGUCUACAUGGCGGUUGUAUGCAAGCCGAUAGACGUUUUUCGAUAGGUGGUGUCGGAACAGGAACCUUGAUGCUGUCCAGUGCCCUGUGCCGUUCAUCUUAGAGUUUUUACAGGAACUUUUCAACCUGGGUCGCUCGCCGUCUAUCCUUAAGGUAUAUGUUGCCGCCAUUUCUUGCUUGCAUCAUGGUUUUAAUGGUUGUACCGUUGGCAGUGAUAAGACUGUGUCGUCUUUUUUAAAGGGUUCUCGCCGCCUCCGCCCUCCCACACGGCCGGUGGCUCCAUCUUGGGAUUUAUUUCUCGUGCUGGAGUCCCUUCGGGCUGCUCCGUUCGAACCCCUGAAAUGGCUGUCGUUGAAGACUGCCUUUUUGUUAGCUAUGGCUUCGGGUAAGCGUGUUGGGGAACUGCAGGCCCUGUCAGUUCAUGACAGCCGCUGCAGGUGGAAUGCUGACGGCUCUGGUGUUACUCUCUGGCCUGAUGCUUCUUUUCUUCCUAAGGUACUUACCGAUACCGCUAUUGCGCGUCCACUCCGGCUGGCGCGUUUUGGAUCAACGACUUCAUCCGAGCCUCUGUGUCCUGUUCGUGCUCUCGAAAUGUACAUACGGGCCACCGGGGGUGUCCGCAAGUCUGACAACCUGUUUGUCUGCUAUGCCAGACCUCGCUUGGGCCUGGCUCUGUCAAGACAGAGACUUGCCCAUUGGGUUGUUGAUGUUAUUAAGCAGGCUUAUCUGUCGCAGGGGCGGUCUCUACCAGAGGGUGUGAGAUGCCAUUCCACACGAGGUCUGUCCACUUCAUGGGCUGCAUUGGCCGGUGUUCCCCUUGACGUUAUUUGUGAGGCUGCAUCAUGGGCGUCGGAAUCUACAUUCUCGAGGUUUUACAGAGUGAACGUGGCGGUGUCCAACCCAUUGGACGGGGUCCUUCGGCACAACUCGUCUGCUUUAUAAGGUGGGCAUGGUUUGCUGUUUUCGUCUUUUAUUGGAUUCCUCGGGACUUUGUUGAUAUGUGUCAUCCAGUGCUUUAUGCACCGCCUCUGGCGGUCAGUAGGGAUGAAAUAGAACGAUGGUUACGAAUGUAACUACGGUUCUAUGAAUCCCGGAUGACCGCCAGAGCGUCCAGUCUCUCGGCAUCUCCUGCUUGCGAGAGGUCUUGAGGGACUGAGCUUCCAGUGUCACGUGGCUAUAUAGGUUCACGUGAGCCACCGGGAGGUCACGUGUGACUUUGUUGUCAUUAAUACUCGACCUGCGCAAGCGUAAGGAUGAUCAUCCAGUGCUUUAUGCACCGCCUCUGCCGGUCAUCCGGGAUUCAUAGAACCGUAGUUACAUUCGUAACCAUCGUUUUGUGAUAUUUUAUUGUUUGAUUUGGUAACAUCCACCAGUCUUGUGUUUUUUCUGAUCAUUUUUAUGUUCAUUUAGCUACUGAGCAAUAAAUUCCUUUACCUGAACCAAAUAACAUUUGCUUGUUUUGUUGCAUCCAGCUGACCUUAAAGGUUUGAUCAGACCGGUUGUUUGAAAUAGAAGGGAUUUCUGUUGUAAAUUGUAACGAAAAAUAUUUUACAGGCACCUACUAAGGGAAUGUAGUCACCACUCUCGCUAAAAAUGCUCAAAUUGCUGCAGAGAUCAUAGAAAAUACAUUAUUAUAAGAGUAAUUCACAACAAACACAAAGGAUUGUUGUCUGUACAUUCAUGAUGCAAAUCUGUCAUGUUUAUAUAUCUAUGUACAAUAUUAGAAAAAAUGGGGAGAAUGCAAAUGAGAUUUAAUCUGAAAUACACAGCAGGAAAAUUUCUGGUUUGUUCUUGUGGACAUCCUUUAAGCCAGUCAGAUCAACAGUGUCAUUAGACAGAAAAUCAGUCCUCUUCUCCCAGAUCUCAGUGGAAAUUCAUUCUGUUUUGGAGACUUGGGAUCAAACAGGGAGCCUCUGUAGGACACAUUUGAAGGAGCGUUCAUUGUGCCUCUGUGACACAAUCGUCCUGAAAACUCAGCUUCAGAAAAAUGCAGCCCAUGAAUCAGGACAUAGCUCCUCCCCUUCAUGAAAAAAUAAAAACAGCUGUCUUAAAUUUCCGCACUUCCUCUUUGCACCCACAACAUUCCCUUCCCGUUAUUGUUCACGCUGCUUUUCUGCAAUACAAAUCCCAGACAAGUGUGAAGUUUACAAUGGAGGGAACUGAGUCAACAACUAGACAGAGAGCAACAGGAGAAGCUGGGAACCAGCAGCCAGACAGCUCGGUGCUGAUGUCCAACAAGCCUCUGCAUCGCUUUGUCCAAAAAGAGCCCAGGAGUAUUGGGAUUGUUAUUCUGAUGUUUGGCUGUGCUGAGACGCUGAUGGGACUUCAACUGUCUGGUCAAGAGCUGUUCUCCUCUUCUGAUAUCUACAUCCCCUUCUGGCAGGGAGCUCUG